ACCGGGUGGCAUGGCCAGGGGCCAGGCGGCCGCGGCCUCGGCUGUGAGCGGUGGGAGGCGGGUGCUGCUGCUGUUGCGGCCGCGCGGCGCAGACGGCGCCCUCCCGUCAGCCGCCGCUCCACGUGACCGCAGCGUGCCCCCUUCGCCGGUGCGCCGCUGCCUGGGCGACUGGCAGGGCCUCGCCGGUCCGCCGGGCUCGCGGGCAGUCGUUACGGCCGUUAGCGGCAGCGCGGGAUGGGGCAGGCGUGUUGGCGGGACCUGCGGGCACAGCUGCUGCCGCCGCCACCGCAGCGGGGAGCGGGAUGUAAGCGUCUCUGCACCAUCUUUGCAAAGCAAAGGGAGUAUUUCCUUACUGGGAAAUAGGAGGCUUUUUUUUGACACUCAUGCACUAGUCUGCCUCUUGGAAGAAAAUGGGUUCACUACUCAGCAAUCGGAGGUCAUUGUGUCUGCGUUGGUGAAAAUUAUGGACAACAACCUGGAUAUGGUUUACAAGGACAUGGUCACCAAAGUACAGCAGGAAAUUGCACUUCAGCAAGUAAUGUCCCAUAUUGGUGGUGUGAAAAAGGACAUGAUCAUUUUGGAAAAAAGUGAAUUUUCAGCACUUCGUUCAGAAAAUGAGAAAAUAAAACUUGAACUGCAGCAGAUAAAGAAGCAAGUUAUGGAUGAAAUUACCAAAGUUCGUGCAGAUAACAAGUUAAACUUAAACCUAGAGAAGAGCAGAGUAAAAGAACUGUACUCACUGAAUGAAAGAAAACUACUGGAAAUGAGGACAGAAGUAGUGGAAUUGCAUGCACAACAAGAUCGAGCUCUGACCCAAACAGACAGAAAAAUAGACACAGAAGUUGCAGAUCUGAAAACAAUGCUCGAAUCGCACAAACUUGAUAAUAUUAAGUAUUUAGCAGGUUCAGUAUUUACAUGCCUUACUGUAGCACUGGGAUUUUAUCGUUUAUGGAUAUAAUAAAACAUCAAUUUCUACUUUCUGAUUUCUGGCCCCCCCAAAAAAAAGUACUGUAUUUGCCUGGACUUUAACUGCAUCUGGACUGGUUUAUUUAUUCUUUUUGUAAAGCAGACUGUAUUAAGAAUGUAACCAAAGAUGUGCCUAGAAACCAGCUGCACACACAGUGUGCAGACUGUAAAACUUACCUCUGAUGAGAGAAUGGUAUACACAUCUCUGCUGUGUCUCUCCAUUCUGGACUGCAGUACACAUUGCUGCUACAAAAUACCAUGUAGGCGAAGACUGACAUUCAUACCAUUCAUACAGGGCUGAAAGCUGUGGAGAAGGAUCUGAAAUCAUGGGAAUCAUGUUCACUGGCUGUUCAGACAUGCUUGCUGGGGAUCAGUGGCACGUAUCGGACUCAAGUCUGGAUUAUUAAUGUAAAACUGAAACUACACAUUUUAUGGCUUGGAGGCACUCUUGUAUAAGUAGAAUUUGUGCUAACUGAAUCACGCUUACUUCCCUCUAACACUUGUUCAUAGUUACUGUUAUUAAAUAUUUGUUUGGCUAUCUUUAUAACAUUACACUUAGCAGCUUCUUUUCCAGAUGGCCGUCCAGUCAGUCAUGUUCCAUGGGAGAGCGCUGUGUAAUGACAGCAGUGGUUGUUGCUAGUUUUGUUUGUAAUGCAUUUGUAGAGAUUUUUGUGACUGACUCGCCUUUGGUACCUGUAAGUAUCUCUCAUUCAUUCCAUAUGCUGUUUGUUAACUUUACUGUCACUGGAAGCUUUGAAAUGCAGUAAAGUACACUAGUUGUGUUGAUGUAGUGUUAAGUGAUACAAAGUGUCUCAGGUGCUGCCUUCUUCAUGGAAGGGAAUUGAUGCUUGUAGAAAGAUUUUUAAAUUGUGGUUGUGAAGCAAGAUCUUAAGUGAGGGAACUGCACUGCUCACAGUAUUCUCUAGUUUUUGUUGUUUUA